AUGUCUUCUCUACGUAACGCCGUUAAGAGACGUAACCAUAAGGAACGAGCGCAACCACGUUCCAGAGAGAAAUAUGGUUUACUCGAGAAACACAAAGAUUAUGUGCUUCGAGCAAGAGAUUAUCAUGCAAAACAAAAAAGGCUCAAAAAUAUGCGAGAAAAAGCAUAUUUUAGAAAUCCUGACGAGUUUUACUUUAAAAUGAUUAAUAGCAAGACUAAGGAAGGUGUCCACGUAAUAGAACGUAAUUCAGCCUUUUCAGGAGAUAUGAUUAAAUUAUUAAAGUCUCAAGAUUUAAAUUAUGUUAAAACUCAACGUGAUCUUGGAAAUAAGAAAAUUGAAAAAAUUCAAAAUGAAUUACAUUUCGUUGAUUCAGAUCUUGUUCAAAAUGAUAUGAAUAUAGAUGAUGAAUUAUCGAAAGGAAUGCCGCGUAUUAAAACGUUAGAAAAUGAUGUCAUAAUGAUACCGGAUGAAGAAGAAUUACAAAUAUUACAUAAAAAUAAGGUAUUGAAAUAUCAAGAUCUAAAAGCUCGCAUAAAACGACAAAAACAAUUGAAAAAAGCGGAACAAGAAUUACAAACUCAAAAAAAUUUGAUGGGCCGUCGAACUAAAAUUGGCGUUGACGCGAAUGGAUUAUCAACUUAUAAAUGGAAGAAUGAUAGGAAGAAGUGA